GAGACGAGGAUUGUAGAUUGAAGAGGGGACGAAGUGAGUGUGUGUGAGAGAGAGAGACGAGCAAGCGUUAGGGGUGGUGGUGGUGACGAUGAUGAUGAGGGUGCCGUGGCGCCAGAUAUGCUCAUGUGCGGCGUCUGACUUGUAGUGACUCAGUGAGCACUGCAGCAUGACAUGGAAUGGCCGGCUGGGACUCAUAGCUACUAGCUCUUAAAGUGAUUCUUUACGUGGUGAUGUUACCGCGCGCUGUUGCUAGCCUCUAGUGGUGCACCCCUCUCGGAGAAUGGGCUCUAUCCGCUCGCGGGUUGGAGUCAGUAACUCGAUCAAGCCCCUCCUGGGACGAGGUUCUAGGAGUCUGACUCAAGUCAUCUGGCGACACUGACGUCGUUGGAGUGUAUUAUCAUCGCUGUCUGUCUGCCUGUCUGUCUGUUCGCCUGCCUGCCUGCUUGCUGCUUUUUUAUUACAAGAGCUUUUUUCCUCCUCUCCGAACGCCAUUCGUUCCCGGGCGGGUUUUUGGGGUCAAUCCUCUGCCGCGAAAUUUGCCUUUGAACUGGUGAUCGUGUUCGGUUUGUGAGCUAUGCGCAUUGAAAGUGCUGGCGUUGGAGUUGCUGCAUAGUGGGGGAUCAUUCCACAGUUCUGCUUUGACUUUCGUGGCUCGAGCUGUUUUCGCCACCUCGGUGUCGUUCUAAACAAGCCAUUUCCUGGCCGGUCCUUGUCUGUUUAAUGUAGCAGGGUCGUCGGCUGGAGCAGUGUAGUCCUGUCCUCGUGCAGAUAGCUUGACUUCGUACCACUCUACUGCAGGUCUCAUAUUUUUUUUCCCUCUCAGGUACUCGUGAUUUUCUCUAGAGUCGUGGUGCUGUUGGCUGGAAUGGUUUCGUCUUCGUGCGGAUAAACACACCACAUUGUGGCCAAGGCUGGUCUUGCCAGGGGAGUGAGCAUUUUUGCCUCCAAGCAGGUGUGGUAGAUACCCUUUUAGUAUUAUUCUCGCCCGUCCAACCCUUCGGCCGCCAAUGUGCGGAGCCAGUGUGAGCGAAGAGGCAGCGGCAGAGAUUCUAGAGUGUGGUCAGCGAUGUCGGCAGGCAUGCCCGGGUCUCCUCCACUUAGAAUCUCACAGACGCGCGAUCACGACCCAGAGUCUCCGUCGUUAGGAAAGCGACCAGGUCUGUGGCCAACCAGCAAUAACGGCCAAAGCAACAACUCUCGCGCAACCAUGGGUUCCUGGGCUCGCCGCACUGGCUUCAAGGGCAUGGAACGAGGGACGAGCAAUGGCAGCGAUAUUGAAAUCAACCUAUCCGACGGUACUCACAUUCCAAAGAAUCCCAAGUUUGUAUCUGCCGAACAACCAACCCCCCCGAAAGACCUCGAGUCUGGAGCCGCGCCAAAGGGUGUCAGAGCUGGGGUGCAAGCCAACGGAACCAAGGAAGGCAACGAGAAAAGUGAAGGAGUCCCUUCGAAAGGAGCUACUCGGGGUGCACCUGGGCCCUUCAAUCCCGCUAAGGCGAAGGCUAUGGACUCAGACGCGAGUAGGAACAGCAGUGGUCAGCUGCGAAUAGAACCCCUGCGAGUCUUCAAAGAACAGAACGACGAUGUCAUGUCUCAAUCGGAAGGUGGCGAAGACCAGUAUGUCAUGUCGAAGCACGCGCACAUGAAAUACGAACUGCGGGAGACGCCAGGCCUCGUUCCGUUGAUCCUCUACGGCAUUCAACAUUACUUCUCCAUUGUUGGUUCGCUCCUUUUGAUUCCUCUCAUUAUUGUGCCUGCAAUGGGCGGGACGCCUGAGGACUCAGCUAAAGUUGUGUCAAGCGUGUUAAUGGUGUCUGGAAUCUCUACUUUAUUACAUACGUCCUUCGGAUCAAGGUUACCACUGAUUCAGGGAGCGUCGUUUGUCUACCUCGCACCAGCACUUGCUAUCAUUUUCUCCCACGAAUUUUCUAGCCUUACUGAAGACAGGUUUAAGAAAACUAUGAGGGAAUUGCAAGGUGCUAUUAUCAUUGGCUCCGCGUUCCAAGCUUUGUUGGGAUACAGUGGAGCUAUGUCACUCCUUCUGAGGGCAAUCAAUCCAGUCGUCGUAGCACCGACAUUGGCAGCUGUAGGACUCGCCUUCUUUGCCUAUGGAUUUCCAGUUGUGGGCAGAUGCGUGGAGAUUGGCAUCCCACAGAUUCUAUUACUAGUGCUCUUCGCUCUGUAUCUCCGCAAGAUUACUAUCUUCGACCAUCGAAUUUUCCAAGUGUAUGCUGUACCGCUGGGACUGGCAUUGACAUGGGCAUUUGCUUUCCUGCUAACGGAGUCCAAAGUGUACACUUACUCGGGAUGUAGCUUCAGCCAACAAGGAAACAUGACAGCAGUGCUUACGCCCAAGUGCCAAGAGAAAAUGGCAACAAUGCGCAGUUGUCGAACAGACGUAUCGAAUGCCCUCUCCACCUCAGCAUGGUUCCGUUUCCCGUAUCCAUUUCAAUGGGGAGUUCCCACGUUUCAUUGGCAAACGGCAGCGGUGAUGAUGGUAGCAUCAGUAAUUGCUUCAGUUGACUCGGUAGGCGCUUACCAUGCCUCCUCUCUCCUGGUGGCGUCAAGAGCGCCUACACCAGGAGUGGUGAGUCGGAGCAUAGGAUUGGAGGGGUUAACAAGCAUCUUAGCAGGGAUUUGGGGAAUUGGUACAGGGGCAACUACCUUGACCGAGAAUGUGCACACCAUUGCAGUCACCAAGAUGGGGAGUCGUCGUCCUGUGGAAUUUGGUGCUUGCAUCCUGAUUGCUGCAUCACUUAUUGGAAAAAUUUCAGGGUUUAUUGCAUCGAUACCGCAGGUUAUAGUGGCAGGGCUUCUGGUGUUCAUGUGGACAAUGCUAGCUGCCAUGGGUUUCUCCACCUUGCGCUACAGUGAAACUGGUAGCUCUCGAAACGUGUUAAUUGUGGGGUUAUCCCUAUUCUUGUCACUGUCUAUACCAUCUUACUUCCAGCAGUACGACAGCGAUACAAGCUCCAUACUGCCCAUCUAUUUCCAGCCCUACAAUGUUGAUGAUCACGGUCCUUUCCAAACCAGUAACAAGCAGGCCAACUUUGCGCUCAACACCAUCUUCUCUCUUCACAUGGUGGUUGCGUUUUUAGUGGCAUUUGUUUUGGAUAACACGGUUCCAGGCAGCCGACAGGAGCGUGGCCUAUACGUCUGGAGCAGAGGAAGGACUGCUCGAAAUGAGCCUGCAGUGGUGAAAGAUUAUGGGUUGCCAUUCGGAUUGAGUAGAUACUUCAGCUGGGUUAGAUGGGUAGGCUUAUAAUGUUGGAAGAAUAUUAACGCUUAUCAUAAGAGGAAUUAUCUGGUGAAUUGGUUUACGUACAUGGGUUUGUGGAAGAGCCUCAGUAUCUCAUGAAGUGCAUCGCCCUGCUUCCUGUCAGAUACAGUACAGAAAUUUCCCACCCGUAUUUUGGAAUUGAGCGAAGUGAGGGUAGACCACAAUGCUAAAAGAGUAGAGGUCGCUUCCUUCGUAAUAAGUUAUCAAUAUCAUUGAUCAGUUGGCUUGUUAUGCGACUUGACAAGCGGCACUUGAAAUGCUCCGGCUGCUUGUGCACUUGUGCAAGCUACCCUGUUGAGCUUCUUUCUGCACUAAGGUUGGUGUCACCGUGACGAUGACCUCCACCUCGAGUUCUAUCUUCUGUGUGAGGGGCUCUCACUAAUAUGUAUUUCUGAUAGUUUUGAUUAUCUCAUGAUGCAUUUAGUUUUAUUGA